AUGGACCAACAGCCUCUUGAUAACGACAUCAUGUCGUUUCCGGAUCCCUCUGAAUUCGACUAUGCCUCCUUUCUGCAAGCCGACGACAUGGGCUUCAUGGAUACUAUGCAAGGCCAGUCGACGGGUUCGCUAUCCGGGUCGUCAGGAGGAAUGCACACGCCCCCUUAUCCCGGCUCUAGGAGCCUGUCCAGCAGCAGUAACAAUAACUACAAUGCCUUGGAUAUGAGCCUCCGUCGACUGCCGGCGCAGCAAAGGCAGCGGCUAGAGCGAAGAGGCCAUACCAAGAGCCGUCGGGGAUGCUACAACUGCAAGAGGCGGCGUAUCAAGUGUCAAGAGACACACCCGGCCUGCGGUCACUGUCUUAAGACGGGUCUGAAAUGCGAGUACCCUGCUUCGCCCCAGAUCACCCACCAGCCUCACAAUCAGAUACCUUUAUUCAGUUUGCAGGACAUGCGAUGCUUCCAGUACUUUUUGACACAGUGCUACCCACACCAUCCUCUGAAGCAGGAAGAGAUCUGGACUCAUGAGAUUCCAAGCAUAGCACAUAACCACGAGUUUCUUAUGCAUGCCAUCCUGGGGUAUGCCGCCUCAGAACUGAUGCAUGCGGAUAGUAACCUUGCGCCGGUGGCCAUGGGGCACCGCAUCAAAGCCAUCAAGGCGAUCAAGAAGCGAUUAACAGAGACGUCAAAGAUGGACACGACUUACGAAGAGGCCAACGCCCUAGUAGCUACCUGCUUCGCACUGACUUUCCAGUCCGUCAGCCUCGAGGACGGCUUGGCCGAGUACAUGACGUUCAUUCGCGGCAUUGUCAUUGUGGGGAUGCAAAUGAUGUUUAAGAGCAUCAAGCCUCUUUUCAGCAAUCUUUUUGAGUCCAACAACGAUGAUGUCCUUGCGCCACUUAUGGAAGGACUGCCAUUGAUCCAGAAGGGAUGGGCGGAGACGGCUAUUGAAUCCAUUACGAAUUUGGGCCCGCUGUGUACGCACCAGGUUGAAAUCGAAUAUCAUGAAAAGCUGAUGACCAUUGCGUCCCAUCUCCUCACCAACUCAUUCGAAGCGUACAAGGCCAAUUCGAGGCAAUACGCAUGGUGGAUGCUGUUGCCGCAUGCCUCUUUCCAAGAACUUAUCAAUUCCAAGAAUCAAGUCAUCAUAUUGUUGCACACCCAUUGGAUAGCGUUGUCUCAAAUCAUGGCUUUCAUCAAUGAGCAAGAGUAUGAGGUGCGAGAGAAGCACCCUGCUCAACAAGAGAGUAGCCGUAUCGACCCAGGAUUCAUUCGCUGGCUCAAGUAUCUGAACGCGCGUGUCAACCAAGGACAUCAGAUGUUCAACCAAUGGCCGAGGUGGGUAGAUGAGCAGCUCGACAUUGACAUAACGUUUUUCGGAAAGCGUCGUUGGCGGAGUUUCGGGGUUAUAUACGAGCCCGGUGUUAUCCGAUAUGCCCGUGAAGGUGAGGAGUCCAUGGAAAGUGAGGAGUCCGUGGAAACUGAGGAGACUGUACCAGAGGAAGAAUUCAUUCGUCUCACAAAAGUUGAAGGACUAGUUUCUGAGACAGAAGCCGAACAAGUCUUUAACCAACUAAAACCCAUCGCGCCCUCAUUCCUCAUCGGAAAGUGGAAAGGCGGCGACCUCAACACAGGGCACAUCGGGCACCAAAAACUCAGUGAUAUGCGUUGGGCUGGGAAAGACUUUCGGUCUGAGAAUGACGGUGACCCAAUCAUGGUUCUCGAUGAGGAAGGAAACCGAGUUUGGAAUAAAGACUGGGGCCACUGCUCGCUUCGUGAAAUGGUUUUUCGUGGCGUGACUUCAACUGCUAUGAUCUAUGAUGAGAAGCCAAUUUUUGACCAUUUCCGGUAUAUUAAUGAGAAUGUCGUUGCCGGUGCUAUGGAUUGCCCUAAGGUAUUUGGGUCUGAGUCUACCUAUUACUUCUAUCUUACUCGCCUUGAAUAG